GCCAAACAGAGCACGCUUGAGGAAUUGUUUUGGCGUCUCUCCGUCUCUCCCUUAGUGUCUGUGCCGUUGAAGGUUGCCUUGCCUCACCAUGUUUAAACACCAAAUUAACCAGUUUGCGCAUAUUGAAACAACUUGUGGAUUGUUGCUAGAUGAACUGCAGAAAAUAUGGGAUGAGGUUGGAGAGCCUGAAGUCAAUAGGAAUACGAUGCUGCUUGAAAUUGAACAGAAGUGUCUGGAGCUAUAUAGGAGAAAAGUAGAUGUAGCCAAGAAGUGUAGAGCACAGCUGCAACAAGAAAUAGCUGAAUCCGAAGCAGAACUUGCAGAUAUCUGUUCCGCAAUGGGUGAGCAGCCACUACAUUUUGAUUGGAAGCCAGAUGGAGGCUUGAGUAAAGAGCUUGACAUCGUUAUUUCACAACUGGAGGACAUGCGGAAGCUAAAAAUUAACAGAAAGAACCAAUUUGUUGAAGUUUUACAGCAGAUACAGAAUAUUUCAAAUGAGUUUCGGGGAGAUACAGAGGAUAAUCUGUACAAGGUGGUUCUGGAUGAGACUGACUUGUCCAUGAGAAGACUAGAAGAAUUACGUAAACAGUUGCUUGAACUUCAGAAUCAGAAGAGAAAUCGUUUGAAGCAGGUAUCGAACCACCUGAACACCCUGAACUCAGUGUGCUCGGUCCUUGGUAUGGAGUUCAGACACAUAGCUGGUGAAAUCCACUCCACUUUGAAUGAUUCCAAAGGAACAAAAGAUAUAAGUAACCAUACGAUAGAGAAGUUGGCUGCUGCAGUACAAAGUUUGAGAGAGGUCAAGAUUCAGAGAAUGCAAAGGCUUCAAAACCUUGCAAGUGCCCUGUUGGAGAUGUGGAAUUUGAUGGACACACCAAUGGAGGAGCAACAGAUGUUUCAGAACGUAACUAGUAAUAUUGCUGCUUCAGAACCUGAAAUUACCGAGACUAACAUGCUUUCUGUAAACUUCCUAAAUAAUGUUGAGGCAGAAGUUUCAAGGCUUGAGCAACUAAAAUCAAGUAAAAUGAAAGAGCUUGUUAUGAAAAAGAGGUUGGAACUAGAGCAGAUAUGUAGCCAGACGCACAUGGUCACGGAAGCACUUAGUGUAAUGGAAUCCUCAGUUGAAGCCAUGAAGUCUGGAGCUGUGGAUCCAAUGUACCUGUUAGAAGAAAUUGAACUUCAAAUUGCAAACGUAAAAGAGGAAGCUUUGUGCAGGAAAGAAAUACUUGAGAAGGUUGAGAAGUGGUUAGCUGCAUGUCAAGAAGAGAGCUGGCUUGAGGAGUACAACAGGGACGAUAAUCGAUAUAAUGGUGGAAGAGGUGCACAUCUUACCCUUAAACGUGCUGAGAAAGGUCGUGCUUUAGUUAACAAAAUUCCUGCAAUGGUGGAGGUAUUGACGUCAAAAACAAAAGCUUGGGAGGAACAAAGCCAGACUGAAUUCUUAUAUGAUGGUGGACGGCUUCUUUUUAUGCUUGAACAGUACAGCAUGUUAAGGCAAGAGAAAGAGCAAGAAAUGCAGAGGCAGAGAGACCAGAAGAGAAUCCAGGGACAGCUGAUAGCUAAGCAGGAAGCACUUUUUGGGUCAAAACCCAGUCCAUCAAAGAGUGGAAAAAAGGCUUCGAGAACACCCACAGGAGUUGCAGGCAACAGAAAAGUCUCCCUUGGUGGAGCAAUGCUUCAGAACCUGAAACCUGAAAAAGCUGCUUCCCGUCUGCAACCUAGUAAGAGCAUCUCAGAGGAUCCUGGUCAUUCAGCAGAGAAGUAUUCAUCUGGUAGUGGAAAGGCACAUAAAAAUAAGUCACCGUUGAUCCGGAAGCCCCUUUCUCCUGUUUCUUCCCAAGUGUUAUCUAAGGCCAACAUUGAUAAUUUCCUAGAAGAUCAAAAGAUGACAUAUACGGCGUCGUUACAAAAAGCUCUCUCAAGCACCGAGCUGUCACUAGUGGGAACACCUUCGAAGCCGAUUGCCGUUGGCUAUGAAGAAAGCAGAACGCCGAAGACGAUGCCAAUUCCGGAGCCGACAACUCCUCCGACAGUGUCAGUUCCUAUGACGACAGCCAGAACACCAGCUACCCCACGUCUUGCUCUAUGUAUUGAAAACAACAACAACAAUCAACCAACUGAAUACUCGUUCGAAGAGGUCAGAGCUGGUUUUAUCCUUCCUAAAACCUAGUCUCUAAUGCCCAUCAAAAUCCCAAAAUUGAUAGUUGUUUCAUGACAAAUUAUAUGAAGGAAAUUGAUGAUUUUUCUAAAAGAUUAUGGCAUCUUAUAGGAUCCUC